GAGAAAACACAAAUUCAAGAUGUCUGCGCCCAUGAAUUUGCGGCUUCCAAACAAAGACACUGUUAAUUUACUUGUCCGAACGCAUUUGGUACUAAUAAUAGUAAUAACUUUGAUUGUUUAUGUUCCAGUGAACACAAAUUUACCCAUUGACAUUGUAAAUGAGUGCCUUACUGCUGUAAAAUCGCUGAUUGUUAUCUUAACGUCAUUUCAAAUCGUAGUGAAUGCAGUCGUAGUUCCUAAGUACGCACAGACUAAAUCUGCCACAUUUAAAGUGAGAAGUGUAUUGAAGGUGUGUAGUGUCCUUAUCAUCGGACCUGUCACCUUCCACUGUGUAGCUGUCCUGUUUGGUGCUCCAUUUAUAAAUUCUGUGGCUGAGACGUUCCACUUUGCCCUGCUGUUGAGUGCUACCACUGUGCUACCCAGUCUGUGUGUGCUAGGUAUACACUUCUCAGCCUGGGUUAGAGUGUACCCUCAAAAUAGUCCAGACCUAGGUGCUGAGUCGAUCCUAUAUAUUUCGUCAGUUGGAAGUGUCAUUGGUGCAUGGCUGGGAGCCUUGCCCAUCCCUCUGGAUUGGGACAGACCCUGGCAGGUGUGGCCAAUAACAUGUGUACUUGGAAACCUGGCUGGCUAUUUACUGGGACUUGGUGUUGGAAUUACUCACCUUUAUCUACAUCAUCACAAAUCUAGGAAAUUUAAACUCACAUGAGACUGUGACCUUCUCACAUGAGACUGUGACCUCACAUGAGACUGUGACCUUCUCACGUCAGACUGUGACCUCACAUGAGACUGUGACCUCACAUGAGACUGUGACCUUCUCACGUCAGACUGUGACCUUCUCACGUCAGACUGUGACCUUCUCACGUCAGACUGUGACCUUAGAGGCCUUGGAGCUGUAUUACAGCACCAACCUGAAACUACAUAUCACUCGGAAUACAAUAAAUUAGUUGUGUAUAAAGUUUGUUGGAGAAGGCUUAAUGGACUGCUCAUGUAUGGACACGAGAUCUCUGUUAAAUAUGUGGUGCUAGAACUGUUACUCUGUACAUUAAACAUUUGUAAUUCUUACAA